CGCAGGCGAUCAGAGACCAAGUGAUUAGGAUAGAAGUCGAAGGGAUAAACAAAAUGGCGGACCAGGUUAAACUCUGGCUACAUUACGUUUUCUUUUUGGUUUUAAUACAAAUACAGGGAACUGAAGGCUGUUACAGCCUGUACUACAAUUGCUGGUAUUCUUUGUGGUACUUUUGGGUCUGCAUUUUCAUAGUGAUAGCUGUUGUAAUUGGUAUCUGUGGUGGAGUAGCACGUAAGCGCCAUUUGGCAAGACAGAGAAUUACAGUAACAACUACCCCAGUGGCCCCACAAAGCAACGUCGUGAUGAGCGUUACCAACACUCACAAUGUACAAAGUCACAUGGUACAGCCGCCCCCUUACCAGGCUUACCAGCCCCCACCAGCAUACCAACCCCCCAAGAGCAACUACCCCCCUCCCGGAAUGGGAGCCUACCCACCCCCUGGGGGUUGUUACCCUGCUGGAGGAGGAAUGGACCCUGCUUACCCACCGCCAGGCCCACAGUACUCACAACCGUAUGCCUCAACGGGGAUUGGCCAGCCUUCGUAUGGAUACGCAUUUCCUUGAAACUAGAGAUUUUUAAAAACUAUAUCAUAUCAUGUCCACAGACGGGAGCUAGCUUUCAGCGCAGGACAAUGUUAGCAAGAUCGCCUUCAUCUUCCUCUUUUUCUAACCAUAUCCCUCUGUAGGGAUGGCAUGGUAUUCUAGAGUAAACGAGAGGCCCUUCUAGUUUUUUAACUAGGUAAAGAGAUGCAUGGGCACAUUCUUUUUUCUCGUCUUUCCCAUUAAAUAGCGAGAAAGCAUUUUCGGAUUAUAUGGCAUCCCUUCUGAAUACAGGAAUGUUUUAUUAUAUUAAGCUUACCUUAAGCAACUUUAAGGCAACUUAUAUUUAGUAAGGAUUAAGACAAAUAUUUGUUUUAACCUUCCGAUGCAAACAAACGUAAUCCGCGAAACAGAGCCUGCAUUGUAGGGAUAUUCUUCCAGCUUAUAUCAUUAUGUAUUUAUCUUGAAAUAUUUCGUAAAUGAUGUUUUUAUCUGUGAUAUUAUUUGGAUCGUAUAUGCCACAUUAGUCGGUGUUUUAGCUUCAAUGUUACUUGCAAGUGUAGCGACGUCUGCCAUUUUUUCGUGUAAAACUGAUAUACUAUUUUAAAGUAUGUGCUCUCCGUGGGGGGUAACUUUUAUAUUCAGUAUAUUUGGAAAAAUAUAAUAAUGGCUUCAACUUAUUGAAUCUCCCAAAAGCAAACUUUGCAUGUUUACAGCAGGUUGUCAGAAUUGUUUAACUGUUAUCUGGUAAUGUAAUACGUCAGGUGUAAUCCAACGCUUCUAUUUUUAUUCCAAGCUCGUGUUUUAUUCAAAUGUAUACAUAUAAUGUAUAUAUAUGAAGGAGUUGUGUGAAUUUGCAUUUCUAGUAAAUUUACCACGAAGAAAUGUGUUAUAAGAACCAUAAGGUAUAAACAACUGGGUAAUCUUAAGUUCUUCCAGCUAGCCAGCCACCGUUUUAAGGUAGGCCUAGCCAAAAAACCCUCCUGUUUAUAUACGACACUUACAGA